CGGACAUUGCUGAAGCACUGGAAGGCUUGAAGUUGUCGGAGCAAGCAUCGGAAGAGAAUUCAUCUGAGCCGGAGUCUUCAAAACCUACUGAGAAACCCACGGAACUGGAAGGCUCCAAAGAGUCAAAGCCGCUGACGACUGAGGAGUGAUGGUCAUUCCUUGCCAAGAGCGCUUGGUAAUCCAUCAUCUUUCUCCUAUACUCAUGUUCAAUGGUUCGUUUGUUCUGCAUUCUCACACAUGAUACCGGACUUUGUUACCAUCCGCCUGCUUGUGGAAUGGGUUUUGCUCUCAUGGCGCGCUCGGGGUCUGUUUCACUCUCGGCCACCCAGUCCUCUUGACUUCUUUAUGAGCGAUGAUGGCAACCGGGACUUCAGGUAUCAGAAUGCCUUGACUGGAGUCUGCUCCGCUGCACUCAUUUAUCUUUCGCAGAUCCCGAAAACCCAUAAAUCACAUCCACAUCGACAUUGUCAGUUGCAUUGUUGGUCUAGGACCACAAGCCUCAACGCUCAGUUCUUCUCUGCAGACAGCACAGCACGAUCGGACCACACAAUGAUAUGUGCUAUAGCCAUCUGCUAUAGCACAUAUGCUAUACUUACAUGUCCUUUGUAUACCGUCUCAUCAUUGAGAUUUCAGAAGCUGAAAAUCGGUCGAAUGCACAGCAAAGGAGUCUGGCGGCGCCGGCGAAGGGCAAGAAGAGGAAAGAGCCCACAUGUGAUGUCACCUUGGCAAUUAAAUCACUCCCGAUCGGGCAAAGGGUCAAAGCGUAAAAGUCGCGAUGCAAUUUCGCAAGAUUGCGGCGGACAGGGAAUGCAACUUCGGGGUAGGCCUUGGCGGACGCCUGUUCCAGAAGAUUGACAGCCCAGGUGCCUGGAACCGUGCUCAUCAAGUGAUGGUUUGUCUGUCGUUUCGGAUGGUCUUUGUGAUUUCUCCUUCUCUUCUUUCUUCUUCAGUUUAUGCGCUACGGCGCAAUCUAACGACACCGGCGACAUAUUCCAACAGCAUCAUCUUGAGUUCACUACAGGUGCCGAUCCCCUACGGCAACAGACGAGACAUCUUCAAGGACGGCAACAAGCGAGCGAGAUGGCCUCAGGGUUCUCAUAGCCCACCCACCACAAACCUAGAGCCUCGGAGCGAUUCCAAUG